CGCCGCCGCCGCCGCAGCCGCCGCCGCCGCGGCAGCCGCCGCGGCCUCCGCGGGCGCCGCGGCUGCUGCCGCCGCCGCCGCCGUUCCCUCCUCGGCCUGUGCGGCGGCAGCCGCGGCGGCAGCGCCCUUGCUCUGCUGCGAGGCGAGGGUGCUCGUCUUCUUCUCCUUGGGCCCCUUCUUGCCCGCGGCCGGCUCCGGCUCUGCUACUGCCGCCUCCGCAGCCACCGCGGCCGCGGACGCCGCGGCUGCUGCUGCGGCAUCCGCAGCCGCCGCCGCCGGGCCCCGCAGCGCGGCGAGCGCCCCCUCGUCCGGCUGCCACGACCUGCUCCCGUCCGCCCCUGUCCGCACCCAGCCCGCCGCCGCGCGCAGCGGCGCCGGCAGCGACGCGGCGGCCUCCCCGGGCGGCGCGCCGCGCCGCUCGCUCGUGGACCCAUCUGCGUGCAGCACCACCAUGGACCCCUCGAGACCCUCGGCCCCCGUAUGCCUUGCGAGGCACCCGCCAGGCAGCAGCGCCUGCCAGCCGCCGCGCCCUGGCGGCAGCAGCGGGCCGAGCGCGCCGUCGUGCACGGGGGCGCCGAGCACGCGCACGCCCCUCAUGGGGGACGCGUUUAUUGGGCGGUCGUUGAGCGGUGCGAGAAUGACGUGGCCAUUUGUAUUCAUCUCCACCAUCAAGCCGCCGGGCGUGUAG